AUGUUCUGGACUCUGGGCUCUAUCUCUGGCGCUACUGCCGUUGCCUUCGGUGCCUUUGGUGCACACGGCCUGAAGAAGAAGAUCUCGGAUCCAUCCAAGAUCGCCGCUUGGAACACUGCUGCUCACUACCAACUUAUACACUCUGGCAUGAUCCUUCUGACUGCUGCCGUUGCCCCCAAGAACAAGGUCGCUGCUGGGCUCUUCGCAGCAGGUAUCACAUGCUUCAGCGGAUCCAUCUAUCUACUUACUCUCGAUCCUCAAAGAUUCAAGGCUCUCGGCCCUGUCACGCCUAUCGGUGGUCUGUUCUUGAUUGGAGGUUGGGCUGCUCUCGCAAUUGGAUCGCGUGGCAAGUUUCUUCCCAAGGCUUCUUGA